AUGUGGGUCAAUAUGAAUACGAUAUGUGCUGCUGCCGAAUGGGCAUCGAUCGGUCGGUACAUUAAUCGAGAACCGGUCACAGUAGUGUGGAAAAGGAAACAGAGGAAUGGACAAACGCUCCUUGCCUGUGCCACUCUGACUUUGCUGGCGUUGCUGCACGUACCGCUUCCCCUUAACUUCUCUUCCGACGAUUCAUUCUCGAAGACUACUAGAAUGGGAAAGGAUAUAUGA